AUGUCAGAGCGGGCACAGCUUAUGGAGAUGCUGAAGAAGGAGCUGAGAUCACUGCUGAUGGCUGCCAGAGAGGGCUUAACCCCAGCACAACUGGAGCGAGAGUACAUGGCCAUGAUCGGCAAACCUCUCCCUUUACAUUCCCUGGGCUUCCAGUCCACCUUGGAGCUGGUGGCAGAUAUGCCUGAAGUGGUCAGAGUCUGUCCUUAUGAGAACGGCACUUUUAUUCUCAAAGCCGUUGCAGAUGAGACCACCAAAACGAUUGCCAAACUGGUUGCCCGACAGAGAAGUUCUAAGGCACGGAAGAAUGCUGCCGUGAAGGCAGCCGCUGCUUCUCCCUCUAAGAAUCCACGGAGUUUCCCUCAGAGAGGCAGGGCUCCCAUCCUGCCAGCAAGCGUGAAGGCUGAGCUGCAGGAUCUGCUGAGUUCCUCACCGCUUCUGCUCUUGGACUUUGAAAAGGCCUUCUUCAAACGCUUUGGCCGGGCAUUCCAGUACAUGCAAUACGGAUUUUUCUCCAUAUUGGAAGUCUUCAAAAGCAUGUCCGAUAUCAUUGUGGUUGAGCAGACAAGAGCAGGUUCCUUGCUAAUCCUGAAGAAGUACAUGGCAAGUGAGAUAGAGAAGAAAGAGACGCUGCAAGACGAGGUGUGGGAAGAGGUGCCGCAAGGUGAGGAGUCUCAAGAUUUGGAGCAGUCCCUGAUAGACGAGUUGAUAAUGACUCCAGAAAUCCCCCCAGAUGCUGUUCAGGACAGAAGCCUUUGCAGUUUACCACCGCUGGAGAGAAAGUGCUUGGUGGGAGUCUUUGUGGAAUUCGUCGUCUCUCCUAGUCAGUUCUACGUCCACAUCUGCAGCAGGGAAACAUCUGAUAAACUGCAGAAUAUGAUGCUUGAGAUGAGACACUGUUACUCAAAUAAACUUGUUUCUGAUCGUUACAUCAUGCCUGAGUCUUCAGUACGGCCUGGGCAGCUUUGCUGUGUAACAGUCUCGAAAUGGUGGUACCGCGCUAUCAUCCAUCGUGUGGUCAGUGACCAAGAAGUAGAGGUGUUCUACCCAGAUUACGGAAACCUCGAAAUUGUCUGGAAGUCUUGCCUGAGAUUCCUCAAGUGGUGCUACUUGAAGCUCCCUGCUCAGGCCAUCCCGUGUUCCUUGGCAUGGGUAAAACCUGUGGAGGAGACAUGGUCCAAUGAAGCAACUCUCCUAUUCAAGAAGCUGUGUGUCUCCAAGCUACUUGUGGGCAUCGUGGAUGAAUAUGUCAGUGGCAUUUUGCAUCUCUUCCUGUGUGACACGUCCACUGAGGAGGAUGUCUACUUCCACUGCGUCUUGAGGGACAGGGGAUGUGCUGACGUCUGCGGAGAGAACAUUCCGUCCCAGGGAUUCAAGGAACUGAAUCCUUCGGCCUUGUAUGUUCAGCCCAGUGGAAAGCAGGAGAAUGCUGAACUGCUGGACAAGGAUGAGCUGUGUGACCAGGUGGGAGUUUUGACUGUGACGCUAUCAUUCAAUGAAAUCAACUCCAGGGAUUAUGAAGAGAAAAUGAAGAACGAGGACCUUCCUGGGAGUUGUGCAGUUGACCUGUGCAGUGCCAUCAGGCCAUCUGACCAAGGGCCAUCUCAGAAGCUGUAUGUCCCUCCUACCACGCUGUCUGCAGUGUUGGCAGCUGCACCCCUAGCCACUUCCAGUGACUACUUCCAGUGGCUCCCCAGCCUGGGAAAGAAGGUGUGA